AUGAUUCUUAAGGAGAAGUUGCAAAAGGACGACGAAGAGGAACCUAUAGAUGAGAAUGUGUACAAAAGUCUAGUUGGAUGCCUCAUGUAUGUUGCAUCCACUAGACCUGAUAUCAUGUAUACUGGAAGUGUUUUAUCUAGAUUUCUUCAUUGUGCAAGCAAGAAUCAUAAGGUUUUUAGAAAAAGGGUUAUGAGAUAUCUGAAAGACACACUUUCUUUUGGGAUCAAAUUCAAUAAAGUUGAAAAUUUUGAGUUGCAAGGUUACUCAAAUAGUGAAUGUGCUAGGUCAUUGGAUGAUAUAAGAACACUUUUGGUUAUUGUUUCACUUUUGGCUCAGGGUGUUUCUUCAUGGUGUUUAAAAAAGCAAGAUAUAGUGGCUCAGUCAACUGCAUAA